AUGAACAGAUCAGGCGGAGAAGCAUUCGCCAAGCUCGCACAGCAGCUGAAACGGGCUCGCCUCCAGGCGUCUCGCGCCGCCGGUGGAGGUGGUGGUGGCGGCGGAGGAGCAGGCGGAGGCGGCGGGCUGCCUACGGGCGGUGCGCUUGCUGGUGGGGGUUUGUUGAUUGCUCUGGCUGGGGGUGGGCUCUUGCUCAACUCUUCGUUGUUCAACGUCGAUGGUGGACAUCGAGCGAUCAAGUAUUCACGUCUGCAUGGGAUCAGGCCGGACAUAUACCCUGAAGGGACGCACUUGGUGCUGCCCUGGUUGGAAUCGCCCAUCAUUUACGAUGUGAGGGCCAAGCCGAGGAAUAUCGCUUCGUUGACGGGUACCAAGGACUUGCAGAUGGUCAAUAUCACUUGCCGUGUCCUUUCUAGGCCAUCUGUCCAGGACUUGCCCACCAUCUACCGCGAGCUCGGGACCGACUACGACGAGCGCGUCCUCCCUUCCAUUGUGAACGAAGUCCUCAAAUCCGUCGUGGCUCAAUUCAACGCCAGCCAGCUCAUCACCCAGCGCGAGAUGGUCUCCCGGCUCGUACGCGAGAACCUGACGCGCCGCGCCCGGCGCUUCAAUCUCAUCCUCGACGACGUCUCGAUCACGCACGUCGCCUUCUCGCCCGAAUUCACCCACGCCGUCGAGGCCAAGCAGGUCGCACAGCAGAUUGCGCAGCGCGCCGCCUUCCUCGUCGACCAGGCGAUCCAGGAGAAGCAGAGUAUCAUUGUUCGGGCGCAGGGAGAGGCGCGCGCGGCGGAAUUGAUUGGGGAGGCGGUCAGGAGUAAUAAGGGAUUCUUGCAGCUGAGGAGGUUGGAGGCGGCGAGGGAGAUUGCGACGACGCUGAGCGCGAGUGGGAAUAGAGUCAUGCUCGACUCGAAGAGUCUGUUGUUGAAUGUUGCUGAGGACGACGUCAUCACCUCGGUAUACGACAAGAAGAAGUAG